CAGCUACCAAAACCCCAUCCAUUCCAUCCAUCGACACAGUCAACAACACACCGUGAUUGUCAAUGGUGUCUCAUCGGGCUUGAGAAUCCUUCUCUCUGUUCCGUGUCUCGCCUACACGCAGUCAAGUCACCGACUCGCUCACUCCUUGUUGCCCGUCAGGUCUCCCUGGCCGUCGCUGAGCCGUGAGGUGGACUUGGCCAGCCGCUUGCUGGCGUCCCCUCGCGCCCACCUCUUGCCCCUCUGCGCCGGGUUGGUAACAGACGCCGGCAACACCCGCACACACUGCAUAACACCACACAGAGACCAGUCAUGCGUCUACCCCUUUAUGUGUGUGUGUGUGUGUGAUGGGUGUUGGGUGACUUGACUGACCCUCCCGUUGAUGAACAUUCCGUGUUUGACGGAUCCGUCCUUGGUGGACUUGAAGAGCCCCUGGCCGUGCUGGCGGCCGUCCUUCCACCCGCCCUCGUACAGCGACCCGUCGGGCCACGUCAUGCGGCCCUUGCCCGUCCGACGGUUGCUCUGGAAGAUGCCCAGGUACUCGGUGCCGUCAGGCCACUUCAUCACACCCAAACCAUGCAUCUCGCCGUUCAAAUGCUGCACACAGAGUGGGCGGUGUGUGUGCGUAUAUGUGUGUAUGUGUGUGUGAGAGACACUCCACUCGCCUGUCCCUCGUAGAUCUUGCCGUCUUUGAACACGAAUCUGCCGAAUCCCUCGGCACUGCCGUCCUUGAAGUCGCCCUGGUAGACGUUGCCGUCCUUCCACGUGAGUGCGCCCUUGCCGUGGCGGAGGCCCGAUCUGAACUGGCCGAUGUAGACCGACCCAUCCACACGCACCUCCUUGCCCUCGCCGUGCUUCUCGUCCUCAUACCAGUCACCCACAUACCUGCCCACACAUCCACCAACCGAUGCACUCCUGUGUACGUCUGUGUGUGUGUGGUGCACCUGGUGCCGUCUGCCCCGAAGAGGAAUCCGCGUCCGUGCCGUUUGUUGUUGACGAACUCGCCCGAGUAGAUGGAGCCGUCGGGGUAGAGAAUCUUGCCCUUGCCGUGCGCCUGACGCUUUGUCACCGCUACCACCUGCUCACUCAGGCCAGCCGGCACACACACCACACACACAUCGUGUACGGGCGCCUUCCGUGCAUUGCUGUCUCGUGUCCGUAAUCACCUCUCCCACGAACUUGGCCCCCCCGCCGAAUUGCAGCCUCUUCUUAGGCAGUCCGAAUCCCAGUAUGUCGGUCUCCUCCAUCGCGCCCUCUUCCUUGACCACGCUCACCUCUGUGAGGUCGCCACCGCCCGAGACGCCCCUGCCGUCAUCCGCAGGCGCCAUGGCCACGGAUGGGGAGUGGGUCCUCUGCCGAGGACGAGUCUUCUCGACAGUCAGGCUGUCCACUGAUUGACGCAGGGGCGUCUCGGCGCCCCGACCCUCCUGAACGAACGAGACACGGAGGGAGGCAGGCAGAGAGAACAAUGAACGGAUGAGAGCAGGGGAGGCGCGACGCGGCGCGGCGGGGGCUUUGUCUUGCUACCUUGUGAAGUGACUGAUGGGGGUCCACGUCUUCAGUGUCGGGUUGCGGGUCAGGGAAGAUUAUCGGCUCCUGAGGGCCAACGCAUAAACACACAGACAGACAAACAAAGAGAGGACUUUCACUUGCUGAGGUCCGUCGUUUUCAGAAUGCAUGUAUGCAUGUCGGUCGAUGCGUGCACACAUCGUUGGCCCGCUCAAUUUGCAUCCGGACCACCGCCCCCCGCAUCCACUUCUGUAUCUUUGCCGCAGACUCAUUGCGCUGAUUGAGCUCAGCUGCCACCCUCACUGUCUCUGCCCGCUGCCUUCUCAGCCCCGCUGUGGCCCUAUACGCCUUGCGACCCCUGAAAAUUGCCUGGAUGCGCAGGGCAGACUUCUCCAAUAGCUCCUGGCAAAGCAGACAUCACACCCUCAUGCAGGAGGAGGGCGGCACUUGUGCCGCUUGUGUGUGCCUUAUCGUUACCUCCUUGGGCGAAAUGAGUCCAUGUCGGUGAUACCAGCCGUCUUCGGUGCGGGGCGCGUCAAAUGAGGCCUGCAUGUCGGACAGCAAGAGGAAGAAGCAACGCGCUGAUCUGAUUCAUUCAUCCUGCACGUGGAUGUGUUGAUUUCUUACGAUAGGGAUCUGCGUGGCAGCUCUAUAGAGCGGGUCGCUGGCAAGCUCGUCCUGCAGAGGGAAAGGAGGAGGAUGCCAAACCAAAUCAAUGACAGACAAUCAUCAAGACACGAGUGUUGAAUGUCACAUCAGCUGUACCUCAGCUCCACCGCCAUCACCCUUCUCUUCUUCCUGCCUCUUCUGACGCUUCGAUGCCAUUCGUUUGUCCAGCUUCAAGUUGGUUGAGCCUCUCUGCCUCUCUCUCCG